AUGGGUUCGUGCAACUGUAUGCAUUCAAAAAAAGAAGAAGGAGGAAUAGCUCUAGACAACCCUGCUCCUACUAAUAAGAAUUACAAGCUUCAAUCAGAAUUGUUGCCUUCGCCUACUCCAUCAGCUGUAACUACAGCCAACGUUCAAGUAGAAGCAAUAUCUCCUGAGCCUAUUAAGCCAGCUCUAUCCAAAAUAGACACCAUUAAAGUCCAAUCUGCCUGCAGAGGCUAUCUCGCUAGGAAAUCUUUUGCAGCAAAUUCCAAAGUUACCAUAAAUUCUCAACCUCCAGCAAAAGAACAAGCAGCCCCUACUAAAGCUCCAAGUCUCCAAGAACUGAACGAAAUUCCAAGCCACCUUAUAAGCCCUCUUGCCAAAGAUAUGAUAUUCUGUGAUACGCAAAUUGUGUACCAGGCUCCACAUGUGGGAAAUUUUUCUUAGAUGGAGCCAAAUUCAGAUGUUGAGUCUACACAAUUGAAUGGUUCCACAUUUUGAAUUUGGCUCCACACAUGGAAAAAUUUCCCAUAUGUGGAGCCGGCACACAAUUUGUAUAUCAGAGUAUAUCAAGCCUAGGGCCGUUUAACUUCAACUAUAGCCCCACUCCUGGAGCAACUGCAAAAGGCCCAGUCAAAAAUCCUGAUGGAAGCGUUUAUGUAGGCGAAUGGAGCUCAGAAGGUUUGCAAAAUGGGAAAGGGACACUAUACGCAACUGAUGGAUCUAUUUCUGAAGGAUAUUGGAAAUCAGGCAAACUUCAUGGAAAAGCUAGAAGAAUUUCCCCAUCUGGAGAUGUAUAUGAAGGAGACUGGGUUGAAGGCCAAAUGCAAGGGAAAGGAAAAAUGGUUUAUGCAAUGAAAAAUGUAUAUGAAGGCGAAUGGGCUAUGGGCAAACAGUCAGGAAUGGGAAUUGAAAGCUGGCCUGAUGGGUCAAGAUAUGAAGGACAAUAUAAAGAUGGAGAGAAAAAUGGGUUCGGAAAAUUCUCUUGGGCUGAUGGAAGUCAUUAUGAAGGAGAAUUUGUAAAUAAUCAAAUCAUAAAUAAAAUGGCAUUCGGUUCGAGAGAAAUUGGCUCUGCCAAUUUUCUCUCCCUCAUGGAAUUUUAUUUAUGGGGUUGGGUUUUCUCUCGAGAACUUCUGCACAGCAAUAGUCGUUUAACUUUGGGGAUAACCAAAGCACACGACUCCUCAGUGCACUCAAGAUUUCGGAGUUUUACCUCUCAGCACGUCCCCACGGGAGGAUGACCCUUAGGCGGAACACGCGCAGGAGCUGAGUCUGGACGAGCGACGGCAACGCGCCGGGUGAGAUGUGCGGCGAUUUAUCUGGCGACUAGCCUCAUAGAAGGCUUGGGUGUGGGCUGACCACAUAUUCCAAGAUGGCUUGGUGACGUCACUAGUUGUCGCUUUGACCCUUUUUCAUUAAGGGGUGUGGGCACUAGACACCUUAAAAACUAUGUAACUAAGUAAGUAAGUAAAUAAUCAAAUCGAAGGGAGAGGAAAAUAUGUCUGGAAUAAUGAUAGAGAAUAUGAAGGGGAAUGGAAAAACAAUAAAAUGCAUGGCAAAGGCAUUUUCAAGUGGUCUGAUGGAAGAUAUUAUGAAGGACAAUAUGUGAUGGACCAAAAAGAAGGAUGGGGCAUUUUUGGAUGGCCAAAUGGCAAAAAAUAUGAAGGAAACUGGCUUAAUGGCAAGCAACAUGGACAAGGAACUUUGUAUAAUGAGAAAGGCAAAGCUAGAAAAGGAGUCUGGGAAAACGGAAAAAUGAAAAAAGAGCCAUCAGAUAAAGCUUCAGAUAAAAACGAUUAG